AUGCCUUACAUCAAAGCGCAUUAUCACCCUUUCCUUUUCGUUCUCAUCACUAUGUGUGCUAUGGCUGAGCUGGGUCUCACUGCCUACCUUAUCAGUGUUGGAAAUGAGAGUCGUAAUUGGCCUAGCACUCGUUAUCAUUCCCUUUUAAUACUCUUCGAGUUCAAUGCCGUCUGGACCACGCUAUUCGGGGCAGCUUAUAUGCUGUGGAUUGUCGAUGGUGCUGUGCAUAUUCUUGCCAGCAUAGCAAGUUCCAUCGUCUGGCUUGCUAUCACUUCAGCACUUUGGGGCGCUGCAGCUGGCACGAUGCACAACACGCGGACUGGGGGCGAUUGUAAUUGGAUACCCAAUAGCUCCGGGUUCGUCGACGGGGUCUCAUGCGAUCAACUGGAGCUGAGUGUAUCCAGGUGUCGAGAAACGCUAACUGUCGAAGCACUCGGUUGGGUACUAUUCGGGCUUUGCGUCCUCACGCUCCUUGCAACAUGCCUGUGGGUACGGACGAGCAAGCGGGGUUAUGUGAGUGAUUCUCGCAGGUUGGUAUAA